CCCUUUAUAAAAAAAUUGACCCACUCCCUUUAAAAGUUAUCGAUUGGAGGCCGCUUUUGGUUGCGUGGAAUAAACAUCUUGCUUAUAAAAUCAUCCUCUAUCAUGGUGACUGGUGAUCCGGUUGCGUCAAAGCCCCAAAAUGCGACGACUUCGGAUGACGACUACACCGCUUCCAUGUCGCACUUGACGAUUGGCCAGCAAAUCCAGGAGCUGUCGAAACAACUGCAGAACACUAAGGAGGAGCUUUACCAGCAGGUGCGGGACAAGCACGGAGCACUCCUGCAGCAGGCCACCCAUGCAGGACGAUUCGAUGCGGCACUAAACGCGCUUUCCGAGGAUGUGCAGCGGGUCAGGGAAACGGGACACCGGCUUAAAAGCCAGGUGGACACGCAGUACCAGCAGGUGGAGAACCAGACGCAGGUGCUCGGUCGCCUGCACGAUGUCAGUCACCUACUCCGGUCAGCGGGAACUCUCCUAAGUCUCACGGCCAAGUUAAAGAGCACCAAGGAUGUCCUGCGCCAGGCGGAGCUGCAUUUCGAGCUCGGGCAACUAAUCGAAGACAAGGAGCUAAAGGACAUUGAGUUCAUACAGAAGGAGCGGGAUUAUGUGAUCAGUUCAGGUCAGAAAAUAAGAAAUCUCACGCAGAUGCAGUUGGUCACGGGACUCCAAGAACGCAAUCAAAACCAAGUGGUUAAUGCAUUAAAGAUUUUCAUGAACUUUAAUACGCUGGAGAAGUCUCUGGACAACCUGCUGGCCACCUUUAUCGCCGACAUGGAGCAGUCCUUAAAAGAAUGCUUUGCCGGCAACGAUAUAUCCGUGUUGAAUAAGUCGCCCUCACACAAUGUUAGCAAGCCAGCGCCUUCGCGAGGACCGGGAAAAACUCCCCAGUUGACCACCACCCAGAACUUUAGGGCUAAGUUCUGGAAGUCACUGCACUGGCUGCUCUACGACGAACUUUUUGAGACCUGUACACAGAUCAAGCUACUGAAAACAUCUCUGGAGCAGAUCAAUCAGUUUGGUUAUACUUCCGAGGCCUCGGAGCAGUGCAUCCCACAGCGAUUUUGGCAGCAGGUGCAGCAACUGCUGCGGAAAUCCUUUGAUGAAUGCCCUCAGCACGGGACGCAAACGCUUCAGGAGGGUCUCUCCAAGCUUCUGACCUCCGCUCGUGGCUUGGAGCAGCGUCUGAAUGGGGAAUUCCAGUUCGACAACGAGCUGUUUGCCCCUCUGGAAGUGGGCUACGUUAGCAAAUGUGCGGCCAACUUUAAAGCCUGUCUGGCUGGAGUCGAUUUACCUGGCAACGAAACUGUAGACAACUUUAUACGCGUCGCCUCAACCGAACUGAGUGCGGCUCUGAUUGAUUCUCGUCUCACGAACUCCAUAGCGAGUGUUUUCGUAGCUUGCGGCAAGGAAUUGUGCACCAAACUGGAGGCCCAAAUUAAGCUGGGAGCUGAUUCGAAACAGGUUGUGGAUUUGCCAAACCUGCAGCAGCAGCAAAACACGCAGCUGGCGAAUGUUCUGUACUACUACAAGGAUUCGGUGCGUCGCAUGUUAAACGAUCUUCAAGUGCAAUUUGAGAAGACGCCGGGAACGGCGAGGGAGACCAUUUCCCGCUCUUUGGAACAGGCGGAUCUGCUGAUCGGCACUAUUCUGCAGCAGAUUAUGGAGUCGAUUAUUACGACAAUUAGUAUUAUAAUUCUGAGUAUGCACAGGGAACCGGGAUUAAAUUCAGAGCGGUUAUCCACCACGGGUCCUUCGAUGUACAUGAAAGAAUUACAGGAGUUUGUCAGCCGUUCCUGGUCGCAUCACAUCGCCCUGUUUGAUGAUAAGCAGAUGACCACAAAGUGCGGCCACGAACUAGCCAAGCGCUGCAUCGAACUUUUCCUGCACAACGUGUGCAUCCUGCGUCCUUUGAGCGCAGCGGGAAGACAGCGUUUGAAGCAGGACUGCCAGCACAUGGAGCAAGCUUUGAAGCCCCUUUGCCCCAAUCUCGCCGAACUGGGGAAGCCGUCGCGUUUGCUAAGAGCCAUGUCCCUGCUGAUCGUCCAAACGGCCCAGGAGCUGGUGAAGCAGACAAUUGGAGAAGACUCGCUGGUGCCCAGCUAUAUUGUGUUGCUGCUGCUCUUCGGACACGCUGGAGCGGAUCUGCAAUCGCCACACACAACGGCCAAUUGGUCGAAUGAGCGUCUGAUCGAAUGGCUGGAUGGACACACUGCGGAGCGGGAGAAACUGGAGCUCAUAUCGGGGGCAUUGCAGAGGUAUCGGGACAAUGCCAGGCGCAAGAAUAUCCAGCAGUAUGAUGAAGUUUACCCCAUGAUGGUGGAGUACUUUGAGCAGGCCUUAAAAGCAAUUCCAUAAACGUUUAAUUAAUUUAGAAAAAACUAUACACGCUAAUAAAAUUACUUUAUAAAAGGAAA